UAAAUAUCAAAAGGGGGCAAGCACGCUGUACCAUGCGAGCUAAAUUCGCGCCCGCUGGACGUCGGGAUGUCGGAUUGACGGUGACGAGCAUCACCCCAUUUCACGGAGGAAACGUUAUUACGGGAACUUUGGCACGGAGGGUCCGCGGCGAAACAUGGCCGAAGGAGGAACGGGGAAAGGUGGCGGUGCAGACCCAGCCCGGUCCCACGGGCAGGAGGAGCGAACCCCGCCGCAGUUUCUGGUUGGCUCCGGCUACUGCAAGUGGUUUAAUGGUCGCAUGGGCUUCGGGUUUAUAUCAAUGACCCACAGCGAGGGACGUCCGGUAGACCCGCCACUAGACGUGUUCGUUCACCAAAGUAAGCUGGUGAUGGAUGGUUUCCGGAGCUUACGUGAAGGUGAGCCAGUGGACUUUACCUUUAAGAGGUCCAGCAAAGGCCUGGAGUCGCUGAGGGUCACGGGUCCGGGCGGGGGUCCCUGCUCUGGCAGCGAGCGACACCCCAGAGGGAAGGCUCCGCCCCCCAAACGCAAACCCAAGGGAGACCGGUGUUACAACUGUGGAGGCCUGGACCACCAUGCUAAAGAGUGCGGCCUGCCACCUCAGCCAAAGAAAUGCCACUACUGUCAGAGUGUAAUGCACAUGGUGUCCCAAUGCCCCCACAAGGGGGCGGAGUCACCUUCCAGUUCUCAGGAGCCCCCACCCUGCGCUGCAUCCACCCAGCCCCAGGAGGGUGGGGGUCGGUUCGGUUCGUUCCCCCAAGAGCGCCCCUCUCCUCCUCCGGACGAGCCACCUCGACGGGGCGCUCACGCCCAGCGCUGGAGGAAACCUCGAGAUUGACUGCAAGCUCACCUCUGAACUUUGACCUUUCACCUCAUUCUGAGAGAGCCUGGACCUGGCAUUGUCUACCUCACACGCUUGAGUAACAAGGGAGGUCCUCUCUUCCUGUGCAGCUAUGGCAACGGUCUUUGGAUCUGUGUGUGUGUGUGUGUGUGUGUGUGUUGCUGUCUCAAAUAAUCAAAACUGUAGUCAGAGAAAAUGGAGACUGAGCUGAAUGUGAGCUGUAAUCGACCUCGUGGUCUUCAUCGGUUUACUUUCGUCAGUCCACUCUUACUGAGAAUGUGUUUUAUUUCAUUCCACUCUGUUACCAAAAAGAGUCAGAAACCAGUUGCACGGAAUGACGCCAUGUUUAUGAUGUCACGAGCCUCUGUGACAUCAUAAACCUUCGUGAUUACAGCUAUGUGUCCUCCAGUUAACCAACAGCUGCUCAGAACCCUCUAACUGAAACACGGUGUGUGUGUGUGUGUGUGUGUGUGUGCUGGUGCACGUGAGCUUGGAGAUGCUGGAUGCGUGUGUUCAUCCGAACCUUCUGUUCGGAGCGCCGUAUAACGCCGUAUAUCUGCCGAUCUCUUUUAGGCUGGACUAAACCGUUCUUAUAUUUAAAGGCAUUAUAUCCGUAGUCUAGGUUCCGUUUGUUUCCUGUCUAGUGACUGACAGUACUACAUAAAAAAAACAAAACAAUAAUGUAAGGCAUUAAUAUAUGUGUUUUAAGAUUUUAUGAAAAAGUAUCAAGUUUUAAGUAUAUGAAAACAAUAUAUAUAGGUAGGUGACUGACGCAUUGUACAGUGCUAAGGUGGGGUUUUUUUUUGGUUUGUUUUUGUUGAUUUUGGUUUUGGUCAGACAGUCAUGGACUCAAACCUACCCGGUACUGCUGCAGCCCCUCGACGGCUCACGCGGGUGUCUGACCUCUUCAGUCUGACCCUUUUCCCGAGCUCGUCUUCUGGCCCCUGUGGGUGCAGCGACGCCGUCUCACCCCAGUGCCUCUUAAAAGAGAGUUUAUGUCUAAAUAGAGUUUAUUCAGCGACUCAACAAACCAUGCAAAGGGGGCGGAGCAGAGCCCUGUCUCCAACCCACCCCCCCCUGACCAUGUCAUUCCGUAACCAGACUAAGCCGAUUCAGAAACGGCGUCGGAAACACGGGAGCCGUAGCUACGAUGGCGCGGAGGCAACGUCUGGAAGCACGG